UUAUCUAUGUAGUGUGCGAUACCUUUGAUGCAGAAUUCGCUAUCUUGCAACGCAGAAGUGUGUCAUCUCAUCAAGUAUUCAGUAAUCACUAGCUGCCUUCACCCAACUCAUCUUCUAUCACCAUCUACAGAAAAUAAAUAAUCAAUCGGAACUCCUCCAAACAAGCUGAGUUGGGGAUUUUUCAAGUUUAUGCCCUCCUUGAAAGUGCUAGAGCUUUCUCACACUGCAAUAACAUCACUUCCAGAAUGUGAGGCAUUGGUCGCACUGCAGCAUCUCAAUUUGUCACACACACACAUUAUGAGAUUACCUGAGCGACUGUGGUUAUUAAAAGAGUUGAGGCAUCUGGAUCUCAGUGUGACUGUUGCACUUGAGGAUACCUUCAACAACUGCUCAAAGUUAAUCUAAGAGUGCUUAAUCUCUUUCGCAGCCACUACGGUAUUCGUGAUGUCGACAACCUGAAUCUUGAUUCGCUGAAGGCAUUACUGUUCCUCGGAAUCACUAUUUAUGCAGAGGACGUGUUAAAGAAAUUGAACAAGACGAGUCCUUUGGCAAAGUCAACACAUCGCUUGAAUCUGAAGUACUGUGGGGAAAUGCAGUCGAUCAAAAUAUCCGAUCUCAACCACAUGGUGCACCUUGAGGAGCUGUAUGUUGAAUCAUGCUAUGAUCUUAACACACUGGUCGCCGAUGCUGAGCAGACGCCUUCAUGCCUGCAGUUCCUCACCAUCUCGGUUCUUCCAGCAUUGGAGAAUGUCAUUGUUGCACCAAUGCCCCAUCGUUUUCGGUACAUCCGUAAAUUGGUCAUUUUGAGAUGCCCCAAAUUGCAGAACAUCACAUGGGUUGAAGUGCUCGAGAGGCUUGUCAUAUCCCACUGUGAUGAGAUGCUGAAAAUUGUCGAAGAAGAUCACAUUGAUGACGAUGAAGAACAAGGUGGUGCUAUGACAGAGAAUUCUUGGAACGAAUGGAACAAUGAUGGUCAAAGCAUGUGCAAGAGCAAGUUAACCAAUGGCACAAUCCACACCGACUUCCCGAAGCUGAGAUCCAUCGUAUUGACAGAUGUUAAGAAGCUGAGAAGUAUUUGUAACCCAAGAGAUUUCCCCUCCCUUGAGACCAUCCGGGUGGAGGAUUGCCCAAAUUUGAGAAGCAUCUCACUGAACAGCACAUAAAAUUGUGGGAAACUGAAGCAAGUAUGCGGUUCGUUUGAUUGGUGGGAGAAACUACAGUGGGAGGACAGGGAGGAG